UUUUGAAAUAAAGUAAAACAAAAUAUGCAACUCAGAUUAGGUAAUAAUCUUAAACUUGUUUAAAAUAAACAAUAGGUUUGCCAUGGCGUUUUAUAGGAAUAUAUUUUUAAUUUAUUUUUCAGCGCAAGUUAUUUUAGCCUACAACGUAUAUUGUACUCGAGCAUUUAAUAUGUCCAGCAUAAAGGGCAAUCUACCUGAUCUCUCAGUAAUUUCUAGAAUAUUUUAUGAUUUUUUAGGACCAGUGAUGAGAUCUUUUUCUGGAAAUAAGCUGAAAAUUAAUAAUUAUAAAGAGUCAUUAGUACAUAUAGCGAUUAAUAAGAAAAUUGAAGAAUUAAAACCUUUUCUACAAGACAGUGACGUAAUAUCAAAUGAAGAAAAGUUUACGUUAGAAGAUCACGACGACACGACGAUAAUAGAAUUUUUGCCUAAAACAGAAGAACACAACCAAAAGACCGAAGACGAUUCAUUCAAAAGUAAUCUUAAGGAUUACAAAAAACUAAAAGAGAAGAUAAAUAAAGCUCUAACAAAGGAAGCGGUUUCAAUGAAAACAAAAGACCUCGUAGUAAAAACCUUGGAUGGUUUAAUAAAGUCUUUACUUAGAAGUCAAUGUAAAUGGAAAAGAAAUCUUCGAGCUGUGAAAUCCGAAAACCCCUCGGACAUAGCAAGAAAAUGGAACAGUGGCUUGCAGAGAAUUAAAGAAGUUAUUCUCGACUUUGUUAAAAACAAAUCGGUUAAUUCGAGACGAAACGAUGACGUUCUGAACAUUUUAAAUGCUAUUCUAAUUAUGUUUAGAAGUGUUUCAGAGAACGUUGAUAUUAUUUCCAAAAAUUAUAGAAUUCUAUGCGAUUUUAUACCAAAAGAAAGUAACAACUAUGUUGUGAAAUCUGAAGAAACGAACGCAGGUGCUUUAAGAAAUAAUUGGGACAAAACCGACCUUGAGGAGGUCCGCUGUCAUAUCGUCGUUUGUUCAGACGAGCUGAAAGAAUUUAUGAUAAAUUUUUAUCAAUCAUUAAAUGAAACAGCUGUAAGUGUGUUAAACAAUUACGUCGAAAUGUACACGAAGGACGUGAACGCAGACAACGAAAGCGAAAAAAAAGUAAUAAUAUCUCUUCUUAAUAAUAUUUCCAGAAAUCUUGAGAAAGAUAUCUCUAAAGUAUUUGUAAAAGAAACAAAAGAGCUGGGGCUUCAUGAAGGAAAAAAUAAUCAGGCUAAUAUAAAAGCUAUGUCUAGUUAUGUCAUAAAUACUAUUAAAAGCGUCAAAUAUUUUGCGAAACAGCUGUUAAAAUCGGAGUUGCUUGUUUUAAGAGAAAAUAUAUUUUCGAUUAUAUUUGAUGAUUUAAAUGUCAAUUUGGAUGUCGAUUUGGGGAAUUUGGAAAGAGAUUUCUUAAGUAAAAUCUGUACAACGUUUCGUUUCUGCAACGGCAGAUAUAGAGGUAGGAGGCAAGGCUCAAAUAAUCUUAAUAAAAACAAUCUAUACGUUCAAUUAAAAUUAACUUUUGACGAAGAUAUUACGAACAGUUAUAGGAAAUUUUUAAACUUAGCGUCUUCUAAAUACAGUCAUUUCAUCCAAGUAAAGAGUUCCAAGACAAAUUUUAUUGCGACGAGAACUACUCUGAUGAAUAAUGUUAAUAAUCACAAGUGACUAUGAGAAUAAUGUAAAUAUAGCUUAAUAUCUAUAAUUCGAUUUCGUAAUGAAAGUCAUACCGAGGUUCGAUGAAGUCCUCUUCACAAUAAUCAUGUAUGGGCCCAGUAAAUUACCCUUACUGGCUUUGGUAAUAAAGGUAUAAUCGAAUACCUGACGGUGUAUAGGAUAAGGACUUCCUAAGUCAACUUUCCCAAGAUAUCAAAGGCGUCGAAACUCUCUGUAUACGGUGGCAUUAUUACCUUGCGGAAGUUGUAAUUUAUUGCUCUGCUUAAAAUAAAAUAAUAAAAUAAACAAUAAAGAACUGUUGCUAUAUGUCAAAUUACUUUUUCAAAUUCAUUUAUUUCAAGUAGACCUUACUGUA